AUUCGUUUACUCAAAAGCAAAGACCUUAGUAUUCUUAUGCCUGGCUCACGACAGAGCCCAUGGAACAAAGAGAUUACUCAAAGAAACUGAAAUACUGUACCCAGUUGUAGUGAGCUUUUUGCUCCACUGUUUAGGCCAGAAUGGCUGUGGAAUCCAGAACAAUUUCAACCUUGGUACCUCAGAGUCCUCAGGAUCAAGAACUAAUACUAGUGAAAGUAGAAGAAAGCCUUUUCUGGGGUCAGAAAUGUAAGCAAGGUGGGAGCACCAGAUCCUGCCAAGAAUUGUUCCGCCAACAAUUCAGAAAGUUUUGCUACCAGGAGACACCUGGACCCCGGGAAGCUCUGGGCCGACUCCAGGAGCUUUGCUAUCAGUGGCUCAUGCCAGAGUUGCACACCAAGGAGCAGAUCCUGGAGCUGCUGGUGCUGGAGCAGUUUCUGAGCAUCCUGCCUGAGGAGCUGCAGAUCUGGGUUCAGCAACAUAGUCCAAAAAGCGGCGAGGAAGCUGUGACCCUGUUGGAGGAUUUGGAGAGGGAAUUUGAUGAUGCAGGGCAGCAGCAGGGACCAGCGGUGCCAUGGAAAGAUUUGACAGGUCUUGGAACAUCCCAGGAGUUAACAAACAUCCAACUCCAGCCUUUAAAGACACAGCUGAAACCCUGGGAACCUUGCCUUUCCCCCAAAAGUGAUCGUGAGAACCACGAAUCUGUGACCAAGAAGGACAUUUCAGGAGAAAAAUCACAAGGACGUCCCCAGGAGCCUUCAUCUGGAGGAGUUAGUGAACAUGACAGUAAUUUAGAGUGGCAACAAGAAAGUCCUACAGGGGAGAAAUUAAGAAGAUUCCCUACCCAAGGGGGCAGUUUUAGUCAAGUAAUCGUCACACAUAAAUCUCUGGGAAAGAGAGACCAUCCUGAGCCUCAAAGCAGCUUGAUUCUAAGUACAAACUCUAUAACUUACCAGAAAGUUCCUACAGAAGAGAGACCUUAUAGAUGUGAUAUAUGUGGGCACAGCUUCAAACAGCAUUCCUCUCUAACACAACAUCAGAGAAUCCAUACUGGAGAAAAGCCUUAUAAGUGCAACCAGUGUGGGAAGGCUUUUAGUCUGAGGUCAUACCUUAUCAUUCAUCAGAGAAUUCACAGUGGUGAGAAAGCAUAUGAAUGUAGCGAGUGUGGGAAAGCCUUCAACCAGAGCUCAGCCCUCAUUAGACAUCGUAAAAUUCAUACUGGGGAGAAAGCUUGUAAAUGUAACGAAUGUGGCAAAGCGUUCAGUCAAAGUUCCUAUCUCAUUAUACAUCAAAGAAUUCACACUGGCGAGAAACCCUAUGAGUGUAACGAGUGUGGGAAAACGUUUAGCCAAAGCUCAAAGCUUAUUAGACACCAGCGAAUUCAUACGGGAGAGAGACCUUAUGAAUGUCAUGAAUGUGGAAAAGCUUUCAGGCAGAGCUCAGAGCUGAUAACCCAUCAGAGGAUCCAUAGUGGAGAGAAACCCUAUGAAUGUAGUGAGUGUGGAAAAGCUUUCAGUUUGAGCUCAAACCUCAUCAGACAUCAGAGAAUUCAUAGCGGAGAGGAACCCUAUCAGUGUAAUGAAUGUGGCAAAACCUUCAAAAGGAGCUCCGCCCUUGUUCAGCAUCAGAGAAUCCAUUCUGGGGAUGAAGCUUACAUAUGUAAUGAAUGUGGGAAGGCUUUCAGGCACAGAUCAGUCCUCCUGCGCCAUCAGAGGGUGCACACUGUCAAGUAACUUGGCAGUACAGUGGAUGUUGUAAAUAUUUUGGUCAGAUUUUUAUCUUUGUUAGUGGAAAGGGUUUACUUUUGGAACAAGACUCCGGGGCAGUAAACACCCAGGUCUGGAGUCUUGCCGACUUAACUGAACAGCACUUCCCAAUGCUACUGCAAAUUGUUCCUUGAAAGCUUUUCCUAGGACUAAUCAGAGCAGCAGAUGGAAGAAUCCCUGCUUCCAGCUUUCCUCUUACCAUUAGGAAUACUCAGGAAAUAAGAAAAAUGGGAACAUAACUGAAACCUCAUUUUCCAUGAGGGGGUACAGCAACCCGGGCUGUCAACCACGUCUGACUGUCCACAUGCCAGAUUUGGGAUAUGGUGUGGACAGUAUGAGGGACAUUUGUCUCAGGAAUACAGAAUUUUACUGGCCAAUUAAAAACAGUGACAGGGCAGCAAGAGCGAUAGGGAAGCAGUGCAUAGAUGAUGUGUUGAGCCCAGGGCAGUCCAGAAAUGAGGUAGUGGAAAGAAUACAUAUUAACUUAUCCAGCUGUUCACUUUUCGAAGUCCUGUCUUUUGCCAGGCACGAGGAAUACAACGGGGAAUCAGACGGUCUCUGUGGUUGAAUGGGCAAGGUGAACGCAUCAUGGCAUGAGCAGGGCUCUGUGACAUUGAGUACCUGAGCCAGCCUUGGAUCAGGGAAAGUUUCUGAGAAAAACAAACUGAAGAAUGUACAGGAGUUAGCCAGGGAAGUAGGCAGGCAGGCUAGAGAACAAUAUUCCCAGCAGAGGGAACAGACAAAGGUCAGGAAGAAUGUCUGGCACAUCUGAGAAAAGGCCAUUUUGUGUGGAGUGUUGCUGUUGAGUUCCUUUUGAAGUGGAGUCAGGUGUGUAAGAAACGUGGAUGUAGCAAAGUAGGAGCCAGCAGAGAAGCACCUGUUAUUAGACAAAAUCCCGAGUCCUUGGGCCACAGGGUAGAGUGGAGCUUUGUCAUGGUCUGGUGUGAGCCAAAGGAAAGGGUUAAUAACUAGUUUCUUGCCUGUAGGCUCCGCUAGACCUUCUGUGUGUUUGGGGAAGGCAGGGUGGUUAGAAAGAGCCCAGCCUAGCCUCAAUGUUAAGUACCUGUUAGAAUUCUAAAUCUUCUCUUUCCUGAACGGAAGAGCUCCUUUGGUUCUUGAGGCUAUCAGAGCUGUUGUCCGCUUCCUGCUCACUCGCAAGUCUCUGGGUCAGAAGCGGCUAUGACUACCACAUCUGUUUCUGGGGCUGUACCCCCACAGUUCUGGUGCACUCCCUUGGGCUCAGGUGCUAAACAGUAUCAGUCCCUGGGUCUGAGACUCCAGGCACCUCACAUGUGUUCAGUUUUGCCUUAUGUCAUUGUCAUUUUGCAGUAUUUCAGUCUUACGAAUUUUAAAGAAUGCUGAAGGGAAGGGGCAACAAAAGGUAACAGUCCUGGUCCAUCCAGAGACUACUGUCUUCUGGGGGACCCAGCAGGAAAAGUAUCCCUAGUCUGGUGCUUCUCAGUGCGAUGCGAGAAGGGAUAUAGGUUAGCAACAGAAGAACCUAUUAAUAAGAAAUACCCAACUGGUCAGAGUUCAAACACCUUGCCAAAAAUAGAAAUCUAUGGGAAUUUAGAAUCCUGAGCUUAGCAAAAGACGAGUUUUCAGGAGGAUAAGUAGAGAAUGCUCCUGUUGGAACAUACAUAGAUAACAGAAACUAACCAGUAAGAACGGCCAGUGGGCUAAAUCCCCCUGCUUCCAGAAAGAAGGUAAGAAAAGAAAGGGAUAGGAUAACAAAGUAACAUGACAAGAGUUCCUAAUAUUCAACUCUCAGUUUUCUCUCCCAGGAUAAACAAACUGAAAAGGGUAGGACAAUUGUUAAGUAGGAAUUGAUAGAACACAUGUUACAAAAGGGAGAGAUUCUUUACAGAUAGUUCUUAACCUGCAAAGAAACAUAUAACAGGUACUUUGCUGAGGGCUUUGUAUAUAUUUGUUGUUUCUCUGACAGCACAUAUUUUGAAGAUGAGAAAAUGAAGGCUUAGAAUCAUGGCUUAGUCAAUAUCAUACAGCUAAAAAGUGGUGAGGUCAGACUUUGACCCCAGGCAAAAGGAAAAAACCCUUCUGUGGAGCCAUCUCUCUGUAGUAUAUCCUCAUGAAGAAGUCCGAGUAGAAAAAAUAGUACUUCAGUAAGCAAAUCACAAAAGAACAAGUGCCAGUGGGUGAGAAGCAGGCAGUCUUUGGUAGAAUUAAAAAUGUAUAUUAAAGCAAGAAUUGAGAUGGUACUUUUUUCCCCCUCAUAAAGAUUCAGGGAAGUUGGGAUUCCAGUGCUGCUGGUAAGCUGUGAAUAGAUAGGAUCUCUGGCAAUCUGUACCAGAAGCCUUAACCAUUGCCUUUUGACUUUAAAAUUCUACCUGGAAAUGUAUGCUUCAGAAAACAUCAUGAAUGUAUACAAACUCUUAAAAGCUGUUAAAAAAAAAAAAGUGAUGUUGAUUGAUGUCAAAAGAAAUGACAGCAUAUCUUAAGUAAAAAUAAAACGUACAGUAUGACUCCAUGUAAAAAUAUAUUUAUGCAUUAAAAAUCCUGGAAAUCUGUA